UUUACAGUGAUUGGAGUGCCAGUUGUGCCACCAGCCGCUGUUGGGAGAUGAAGUUAACGUGCCUGUUUUGAUGGUGGGAAGAACCCCGCAGAGACACGAAAAGCCUUUGGGCCGGCACAGUGACAGGAUGCCCUCAGAUGUCCUGCAUUUGGAUGGCUGUCAGUGUGGAGUAGCGCCGGAGGCUGAGGGGUGGCUGUAUGCUGUGGGAAGUUGCUGAGAGUGCAGCGAUCAGGCGCACGGGGGACGGGCAGUCACUCAGACACAGAAAGACAGCUGGUACUGCUCCACAAGGGAUAUAACACGCGACCUCACAACUUUGCCCCUUGGACGGGCGUGCUCAUUGGGGAUUUGAAGGAGGUGGGCAGCUGGACUGGAGCUGGCGUGAUGGUGAGGCGGCUGCCUCAGGAGUGGGCCUGGCGGUGUGUUCUCUUUUUGGCCGGGCUGGCAUCGCUGGGCCGUGGCGCUGAUGCUAACGUGUUGGACGGCAUGCUGCUGAAGGGAGCGUCGGAGCGACGGGCAGCAGAGAGCGGCAGCACGGCUCCAGCUUUAGCUCACAACACUCUUUGGUGUCACUGCUACCACCACUGUCCCGAAGACUCCAUCAACAACACGUGCAUGACCAAUGGUUAUUGCUUCACCAUGGUGGAGGAGGAAGAGGGCGGCUUGGCUGUGAUCACUGCAGGCUGUUUGGGUCUGGCUGGCUCGGAGUUUCAGUGCCGAGACACGGGAAACGCGCGUCGGAGGAGAGCCCUCGAAUGUUGCACAAAUCAGAAUUACUGCAACAGAGACCUGCAUCCGACUCUGCCGCCCCUCAGGAUGCCUGACUAUGUGGACAGCAGUAUCCAGUACAGAGCUCUUGUUGGUGCUGUCACAGGCUGCAGUGUCAUCCUCGUUCUCGUCGUUGCCUUUUGCUACUUUAGGCAUAAGCGCCAGGACUCGCAGCCCCGCUACAGUAUUGAUCUGGAGCAGGAUGAGACCUACAUCCCCCCAGGAGAGUCUCUGAAGGACCUGAUUGAGCAUUCCCACAGCGUGGGCUCUGGCUCUGGGUCAGGGCUCCCUCUACUGGUGCAGCGCACUAUCGCCAAACAGAUUCAGAUGGUUAAACAGAUCGGAAAAGGCCGUUAUGGAGAAGUGUGGAUGGGAAAGUGGAGAGAAGAGCGAGUUGCCGUCAAGGUCUUCUUCACCACCGAGGAAGAGAGCUGGUUCAGAGAGACCGAAAUCUACCAAACCUUCCUCAUGAGGCACGACAACAUCCUGGGAUUCAUUGCCGCUGACAUCAAAGGAACAGGCUCGUGGACUCAGCUCUACCUGAUCACUGACUACCACGAGAACGGAUCGUUGUACGACUUCCUCAAGUCCAACACGUUAGACGUCAGGUCUCUGCUCAGGCUGGCCUACUCCUCCAUAUCAGGGCUGUGUCACCUUCACACCGAGAUCUACGGCACUCAGGGCAAACCUGCCAUCGCUCACAGAGACCUGAAGAGUAAGAACAUCCUGGUCAAGAAGAAUGGAUCAUGCUGCGUAGCAGACCUUGGGCUAGCUGUCAAGUUUAACAGUGAUACCAACGAGGGUGACGUCCCUUCUAAUUUACGCGUUGGCACCAAACGCUACAUGCCACCUGAAGUGUUGGACGAGACCCUGAACAGGAGCUACUUCCAGUCGUUCAUAAUGGCCGAUAUGUACAGCUUUGGUCUCAUCCUGUGGGAAAUCACCCGACGUUGUAUCUCUGGAGGGAUCGUGGAGGAGUACCAGUUGCCCUAUCACGACCUCGUGCCCACUGACCCCUCCUACGAGGACAUGAGAGAGGUCGUGUGCAUCAAGAAACAGAGGCCAACAUUUGCGAACCGCUGGAGCAACGAUGAGUGUCUCAGACAGAUUGGGAAGCUGAUGUCGGAGUGCUGGGCGCACAACCCGGCGUCUCGCCUCACGGCCCUGAGGGUGAAGAAGACCCUGGCAAAGAUGUUAGAGUCCCAAGACAUCAAACUGUGACAAAGACUCGAGAGCGGCUCGUCUGUGCCGCUGGCGCCACUCGCACGGCCAACAGCAGGAAGGUAGCACGCGCGAGACGGUGAGAAACAGCGAAGGCCGUGGACCGGACGCAGAUCUGCACUCCCGUUGCCUACAAGCAGGCAACAUGUUCUGUCUGUGCUUUCUGUGAAAGCUGAGCGGUUGACACGUCCAAGCUGUCCAGGGAGGCAGGCGCACAGCGACCCCUGCAGGAGGAGUAAACCCCCCCUCGUGAUGAGUUUCAGACGGGACGGUCCUCCUCUGUCUUCCAUCGCCAUCCAGCAGUACUCUCCGUGCAGCCUUUUGUGCUGCCACAGACUGUUUAUUUAAGAAACACUUUCAGAUGCAUUUGUGGUCAAACUCCACUGAACAUCAUCGUACAAAGAUGGUUUCCAGUGAUCAGACAUGAGUAAGAAUGAAGAAACUGGAUGUCCACUCCUGACACAAAUCAAUGACAUUAUUUCCUGUUGUAUCAAAAAUACACAUUUUAACCAAGAAGAGAUUUUUAUCCAGUUUUGUCACAAGCUCCACCCACAAAGAUUUUUACACUGGUUCUAACAGUUGGGAUUUUGGUGUAAAAUUAUUCCCAACACAAAACAAUUCCCCUUCUGUGUUACAUCAUUUCUUCAAGAUCAAAGGUCAAAAGAGACAUUUUCAGGAAAAACGUUCAGUUGUGUCCCUCAUUCAUUUAAGUUCAACACCUGUUCUUUAGCGUAGCGAGAUACAGCAAGAGUCCAUUUAGUCAAGAUAGUUUUGAGUCACUGUCAUGAAAAAUAAUUAGUUGGAGCAAAUAAAAAC